CUGGUAAGAAUCUAUAUGAAAAAAAAAAUUCCAUACAAGCCCAAGCUUACCGUGACAAUCAGAGCUUUGUUGCAGAAACUGAAGGAAAAGAUCGCCCUUUUGAAGGACUUAUUGCUAAGAGCUGUGUCAACACAUCAGAUAACACAGCUCGAAGGAGACCGAAGACAGAACCUAUUGGAUGACCUUGUAACUCGCGAGAGACUACUUCUGGCAUCCUUUAAGAACGAGGGUGCAGAGCCAGAGCUCAUCAGGUCCAGCCUGAUGACUGGAGGGGCUAAGCGAGGAGUCCCCAACCCUUGGCUUUUCGAGGAGCCGGAGGAGACCAGAGGCUUGGGUUUUGAUGAAAUCCGGCAACAGCAGCAGAAAAUUAUCCAAGAAAGAAAUCAAAAUUUAAAGAUCUUGAGUAACAUCAUAAGUCGCCAGAAACAAAUGGGGCAGGAAAUUGGGAAUGAACUGGACGAACAAAACGAGAUAAUUGAUGACCUUGCCAACCUGGUGGAGAAUACCGAUGAGAAACUUCGCACUGAAACCAGGCGUGUGAAUCUGGUGGACAGAAAGUCCACAUCUUGUGGGAUGAUAAUGGUGAUCUUCCUGCUGCUCGUGGCUAUCGUGGUCGUCGCAGUCUGGCCUACCAACUAGUGGCAGUCAGGGGACCACCUGCUGUGACCCCUGCCAGGGAGGGGGACACGCUCAGCGUUCUCCUGGUUCACGAAAGCCGCCCUCAAUAAACACCCCCAAAGCUCUGAACUCUUGACGUGCGUUGCUUCAGCAAAGGUGAACCACAUGGCGGCUUCGGACAGCUGCCUGGGUAUCAGGCGGUGUGGCCCUUUGGGUCCUGCCUUGACCAUCUGGGUGCUAGCCCAAGGUCCCUCGGCAGUCACCGUCCCCAUGGCCACCCUGCAGCAUGCUGGGCACCCUGGGGGGUGAUGCUGAAUUCAUAGGUAGCUUGUAGCCUCGAACGUCUGGUCUGCUCGGGGAAGUUCUGUGCCCACGUGGGGCACAAGUGAACAGCCAAGGCCACGUGUGUGCAGGCAGGGAGGAAGGGGUGACAGGAGCGCUGUUACACAGACACGUGUCUUGGUGUAACUGCCGCUCCGCCCAGGCCCCUCCCACCCCGAGCCUCAGCAACCCUAGAGGUGAGAUAUUUCUGGACUCACCUUCAGACCUAGGAGCACGUUCUUUUUUCUUUCCUCGGACAGUAAACUCUCUUUCAAGACUGAAACAUCUUUAUAAGCAGCCGGCAUCAAGUCUGUCGUAUCGGUGGGUGGGAUGAGAAAUGAUCAGGAGGGAGCGUGUUUAGGCUUCAAAGAAAGUGUGGUUAUGACGUCAGGACAGUGCCGCUGGCUCCUUAUCCAGCCCUGAUGUGUAUCCUUACAUGCGUGUGAGUGUUCAUUGCAGACAUGUGUGCUUGCAUGGAUGGUGAGAACAGACAGAUGGCCAGGCCUGCAAAGGGUGUCCGGCCUGAGGGAGCGGCAGUGAGUCUGGGCUGGAAGGGGCAGAGGGCCACGCUUCGCGCCUGCCCUCCCAGCUGGACGGAAGGCAGGCCGGGCUGGCGGGCCUCGCCCUCCACGGCUCAGGGGGGAAAAUGAGGGCUGGUGCUGGGCGGUUUCCAACCAUAAGAUCUCACUGAGGAAGAGGAGAGAACAGGCGUGGGGCGGGGGUCCUGGGGGCGUUCCCCUUGGAUUUCCUAGAGACCACCAGUGACUGCUCUCCAGAGGGUGCAACCUGGCCACUCCCGCCACCACCACCCCAACCCCUGGGACCAAGACAGGCACAGGAGGACCACGGUGCAGCCUGGCACAGCAUUAUUUCCUGGGACCCUGAGGCCUGAGACUCCGGUGCACUGGGAAGAGCUGGGUCCAGACCCCAGCCCUCCAUCAGAAGAGAGUCACGGCUCCGUGCUUGGUCAGUUGUGAGUCGCUGCAGAGGGUGGGUGACCUCUCUGGGCAGCUUUUUCCUGGGGGGGCCGGGUCCCUUCCAGGCCCUGCCUGGCCCCACUUCCACCUGGUGUGUGUGUGCCUGUGUCUGGCGGCGACCCACGGCCCUCACCCAGGAGGCAAGCUGGCCCUAGACCUGGCCUGCCCAGGUUCACACUUGGACUCCACCCUGUAUCAGCCAGGACAGCGCUGCAGUCACAGCCACCAGGUCCGAACAGUGUGGAUGGGUCCCAAGCGUCAGUGCCUCAGUCCUGCUGCACGUCCAUGCAGCUCGACCAGGGGCUCCAACCCGGGCUGUGCCCACGGGCUCCGGCAGAAGAAAGGGGACCCUGGGAACCCUCACACCAGCAGCGGAAUGCUCUGCCCAGAUGUGACCCCAUCACCGCUGCUCGCAGCUCCCUGGGCCUGGACUGGGUGCUGGGCAGCCCCAGUGACCACCACGCCAGUUUCCAGCUAAGUGACCGCAAACACAGUCCCCUUCUGUGCCUCCGUUUCCUCCUCUAGGAACUGGAAAGAAGAUGGUCUCCUGGUCCGCGGGUUGCCGCGAGGGUCAGGGCUUCGGAGUUCCCUCAGCCACACGCCAGGAGCAGCAAGCAUCCCCCUCCUUCCAGAUUGACCUGCCGUCCCGCUGAGUCUCGGUUUGAUACAGUGCAGGAUACGGACGGAUGAACUCAGUACUUUAUUUCUCACCGGCUCUGUUCGUCCUUUCACUGCUCGUUUUUCUUGGCAUAUUUCUUACACGUCUUUAUUUAGUCUUAGAAGAGCACAGACAGAGCUGUCUGUUCAACAGAACCUGACGCCUGGGUGCGUCUCUGCUGCGAGGGCGGUCCCUGUCCCACAGGGCGGGUCACGAAUGCGUCAGCCUCCCUGAGAGCUGGCCAGACCCUGGGGGGCUCGCUCACCCUCACCCAGCGGGGUCUGGGCUUUUGACUGGACCCCGCUAGAUCUUGAGUCCCUGAUGGGCUCACUGACAUCCCUGUGCCUCGGCAUUCCAGUCCCUAAAAUGGACUUUUCCAACCACCUUGGCUCAGUACUUUGCAGCCAGCCUGCUGAUUUCCUGCAUGGAGUUGGGCCGACAUCCAUGCCUUCUCUCCUCAGCUGGAGCGUAAGGCCCAGGGAGGCGGUGGAGCUGCUGCUGAUCCAUGUUCUGAUGUCUCUGAUCAACAGUGUGCUCGCUCGCUUCAGGCCUCGGGCCGGGGGCUGCAGCUGCCAGCACAGGGCCUGGCGGUGGUGGAGUCCUGAGGGGGACGGCACCCUUGGGCACAGACUUUUUAUGAAGGACAGAAAAAAGCCACAUCAUGAAGGUCCUUGACAACUGGGACCUGGACCUAAAAUGACUAAGCCAAGAAUCCAACUUCCAAGCACCGCCCAGAGCACUUACCCAGGUGCCCGUCAGUGCUGGCACCGGUCCAGCCGGGUCUGAACUGGCUUUGAGGAGAGCCUGAGGCGGCAGAAGAGGCUUGCUUUCUCCCCGGCCCAUCUGGCCAACUGAGACCUGUAUCCUGUCCCUGCCCACCCAGUGGCAGGCGCUGCCGUUCUGGCAGGGACCUCCAUGGGGCCCACCCCCGCGUCUGCCCCCCCACCCUGGCUUUGACCCCUGGUUCCGGGCGCCCAGCUCCCGCUCCUAGAGCCGGGCCCUGGAGGAGGCUGGGCGGGCCUGGUGGGCGCUCCCCGCAGCAGGCAAGGGCUCUCCACGCCGUCCAGGGGCCGGCUGAGCCUGCGUGGCGAGGCUUGUCUUCGAAACAGCUGGGCGCAGAAGUUUACAGCUUCCAGCCGACCAUUGGCUCCACUUCGCGUGGCAACGCAAUAUGUUCCUAAUGACUGGAUUGUUUAUUUAAUAGAGAAAUCACAACCAUUUGGAGGUUUAAAUAUAGCUUCACAGAAACCCAGUGAGCGCAGCGCCUGGUGGCUGCGUGGCGCUGGCACCGGCCCAGUCCCUGCACCGCACAAAGCCCUAGCAAUGGUUUGAGAAAAAUUCUGGAGGAUCACUAACCCUCUUGUCUUUGCUGGGACCGUUUCUUGACCCCUCAGGGUCUCCUGGAUUUCAGUCUCAUUCCAACCUGGGCCAAACCAAAGACCGUCUGCACCCGUCUCCUGCGGCUGCUGCAGAGGCAGGGCACCAGGUGGUCAUGACGGGCCCCGGGGCAGCGCCCAGCCACCCUGGCUUGGACAGCAAGUCUCCCUCCCUCCCGUCUGUGGGGACCUGAGGCUGCUGCCUCCUACCUUGCUUGCUCCAGACAGAAGCCACCUCCUGCAGGUGAGUCCAAGGGGCAGUCCCCCAUCGAUCCCCCUUCCUUCCACCCCAGUCUUCAGCGUUACUGUGUCAGAGAGGGAGGGACUCUGCUGUCAGGGCCUCCAGACCACCCAGCAGGUAAGAAAAAGGACAACUGGGGACUCUUUCAAAAAAAAAAAA